AUGGCGGAGGAGGCGACGAGAUCAGCCGAGGCUCCGGUGCUCCCCAUCCGGCUGUAUGCAGAGGACAUACGCAAGGCCGUUGCUGCCAAUGACGUUGUGGUGGUCAUCGGAGAAACGGGCUCGGGCAAAACAACUCAGCUGUCUCAGAUCCUUUUAGAAGCCGGCAUGGCGAAGGACGGCCUGAUAGGUGUCACCCAGCCACGCCGCGUGGCCGCGGUGACGGUGGCGCGGCGCGUGGCAGAGGAGCGGGGCGUCCAGGUCGGCGGCGAGGUCGGUUACGCUGUGCGCUUCGAGGACAGGAGCUCAGGGGCCACCCGCAUCAAGUACCUGACGGAUGGCACCCUGAUGCGCGAAUGCCUGGAGGACCCCAUGCUCAGCAGAUAUGAGGUCAUCAUCCUGGAUGAGGCUCAUGAGCGCUCCCUCAACACAGACAUCCUUUUCGGCCUCCUCAAGAAGCUCGUCACCGUCAGGGAGCGCCCCCUAAAGCUGGUGGUGACGUCAGCAACUCUGGACGGCGACAAGUUCUCCGCCUACUUCGGUGACUGCCCG